AGGUAUACACUUAGAAUGAAGUGCAGACUCCACACGGAGGCCCUCCCGAGGCCCAACCGGACCUGACCUGGGCCCUGUUUGCUUCUGUCUUCACCUGCCAGCACUACCCGCAGCUACGCUCCAGCCACACAGGACUUCUUUGAGUUCUUUCAGUGACCAAUCUCUUUCUCGCCUCAGGGCCUUUGUACUGGCAGUUCCUUCCGCCGGACACGUCGGGUUUCCUCGUUUUUGCGGACUGGCGCUUUCUGAUUUCAGAGACUCUCCGCAACAGAACCAUCUCAAGUGGGUCUACCUCCUCGCCUUUUUUUGUUGUUGUUGUUGCUUGGCUGCGCUUCUGACCGGGCAGGCCGUGAUGAUGUUUGUUUAUGAGUUAGGUCUGACUGUUCGUUGGUGCUUAGGAUCCCCACCGGGUCCCUAGGGCCCCCACCGGGUCCCUAGGGCCUGUGCGUACCGCGCACCUGUGCACGUCCUGCGCGCAGCUGCAGGCGACUCCGCUCUGGCUCGUCGCUGCUGUUUCCUGCUGGGGGUGCCGACCCUGUCCCACGCUAGCUGGGUGACUUCCCCCAACCGCAGAGACAGCGGCGACCCGGGGCCUCAGACCUGCCCCCGCAUCCCGCCGGCGCCAGGCAGUGGGAAGUCAGGUUCUUCCGCCACCUCCCAGUCAGGCACACCUUCGCCUCCGAUUCCGAACCGCCCGGGGACAGAGGCAAGUGGCAAAGCAGGGAGGGCGGAGGACUCUGCCACCCUCCCUCAGGAUGCCUGAGGGCCCUGAGCUGCACCUGGCCAGCCAGUUUGUGAAUGAGGCCUGCAGGGCGCUGGUGUUCGGCGGCUGCGUGGAGAAGUCCUCUGUCAGCCGCAACCCUGAGGUGCCCUUUGAGAGCAGUGCCUACCGCAUCUCAGCUUCAGCCCGCGGCAAGGAGCUGCGCCUGAUACUGAGCCCUCUGCCUGGGGCCCAGCCCCCACAGGAGCCACUGGCCCUGGUCUUCCGCUUCGGCAUGUCCGGCUCUUUUCAGCUGGUGCCCCGCGAGGAGCUGCCACGCCAUGCCCACCUGCGCUUUUACACGGCCCCGCCUGGCCGCCGGCUCGCCCUAUGUUUCGUGGACAUCCGCCGGUUCGGCCGCUGGGACCUUGGGGGAAAGUGGCAGCCGGGCCGCGGGCCCUGUGUCUUGCAGGAGUACCAGCAGUUCAGGGAGAAUGUGCUACGAAACCUAGCGGAUAAGGCCUUUGACCGGCCCAUCUGCGAGGCCCUCCUGGACCAGAGGUUCUUCAAUGGCAUUGGCAACUAUCUGCGGGCAGAGAUCCUGUACCGGCUGAAGAUCCCCCCCUUUGAGAAGGCCCGCUCGGUCCUGGAGGCCCUGCAGCAGCACAGGCCGAGCCCGGAGCUGACCCUGAGCCAGAAGAUAAGGACCAAGCUGCAGAAUCCAGACCUGCUGGAGCUAUGUCACUCAGUGCCCAAGGAAGUGGUCCAGUUGGGGGGCAAAGGCUACGGGUCAGAGAGCGGGGAGGAGGACUUUGCUGCCUUUCGAGCCUGGCUGCGCUGCUAUGGCAUGCCAGGCAUGAGCUCCCUGCAGGACCGGCAUGGCCGUACCAUCUGGUUCCAGGGGGAUCCUGGACCGUUGGCACCUAAAGGGCGCAAGUCCCGCAAAAAGAAAUCCAAGGCCACACAGCCGAGUCCUGAGGACAGAGUGGAGGAACCCGUGUCUCCUCCAUCCAGGACCCUUUGCCUCCAAGCAAGGCCCCUUCCAGGACACGAAGGGCAAAGAGAGACCUUCCUAAGAGGACUGCAACCCAGUGGCCUGAGGGGACCAGCCUCCAGCAGGACCCAGAAGCUCCCACAGUGCCCAAGAAGGGGAGGAGGAAGGGGCGACAGGCAGCCUCUGGCCACUGCAGACCCCGGAAGGUCAAGGCUGACAUCCCAUCCUUGGAACCAGAGGGGACCUCAGCCUCUUAGCAGGAGGCUCUCCUUGCUUGCACUCACCCUUUCUUAUUGUCUUGCCCUGCAUCUGGGGGUCUGAAUUUUUGGGAGCAGGCAAUAUCUGAAGGUGCAAACAGGCCCUACGGCUGUUCCCUGCACAACCCUCAUGGUUUUAAUUGUACCCCAUCUUCCACAUCUUUAAAGCUCAUGUGAAAAAUGCUGCAUUUUUAAUAAACUGAUAAAUUUGAA